AUGGACCAGGAAAAAUCGAAACCCAAGAGGGUUUAUCAAGUUUGGAAAGGAAGCAAUAAGUUCUUAUGUGGAGGAAGAUUGAUCUUUGGUCCCGAAGCAGCAUCUUUGUUCUUAUCCACAUUCCUAAUAGCAGGCCCAGCAAUUGCCUUUUGUAUAAAAAUCUUGUAUAUCAUCAAACUCAGGAUCAAAGAAACUGAAAAUGCCACUCCUUGGUAUUCUCUAUUUUUCGUGGGAAUAGCACUAACUGUUUUGGACAUGUUCUUUCUCUUCCUUACAUCCAGUAGAGAUCCAGGAAUCAUCCCUAGGAAUACAAUACCUCCUGAAGCUGAUGAAACAUUUGAUCUAAACACAACUUCAAUGGAGUGGGUUAAUGGUAGAACCCCUCAUUUGAAACUUCCCCGAACAAAAGAUGUGCUGGUGAAUGGUCACACAGUUAAAGUGAAAUUCUGUGACACGUGUUUGCUUUAUCGUCCUCCUCGUACAUCUCAUUGUUCCAUCUGCAACAACUGUGUCCAGAGAUUUGAUCACCACUGUCCAUGGGUCGGUCAAUGCAUUGGUUUGCGUAAUUAUCGGUUCUUCUACAUGUUUAUAUCAACGUCGAUGAUCUUAUGCUUAUAUGUCUUUGUGGUUUCUUGGAUUGACAUCAUUCAACGAAAAAGAAGAGUGUGGCACACCAUGUCAACUGAUAUUUUAUCAGAUGUUCUCAUUGUAUACUGCUUCAUUGCAUUUUGGUUUGUUGGAGGCCUUACCGUUUUCCACUUCUAUCUGAUUAGCACAAACCAGACUACAUAUGAGAACUUCAGGUAUCGAUAUGAUAUGAAGGAGAAUCCGUAUAACAAAGGAUUGAUCAAUAACAUCAAAGAGGUCUUUUUCUCUAAAAUCCCACCUUCAUCGAAUGAUUUCCGAGCCUAUAUUCAAGAAGAUGAUAUGGAACUCGCUCAUCAUAAAUCCAUUGGAAGUAUCAAUAGUUCAAUGGAAAAAAUCGAUAUUGAAAUGGGAGUCAAUUUUGGUGAGGAUAAUGGCCUUUCACUACCAGAGAUUUUACGUAAUCUUGAAUGUGAUGAAAUUGAGGAUAGUAUGAAACAGAGGGAUAGGAGCGGAAGAACUGAUUCUGACUUGUUGCUUCCCAUUGAACAAGAAGAAAGACAUGAAAACGAGGUUGAGUAUGGGGAAAAUCCUUGUCCCAUGAAUAUUUGCAUGCUUGUGCUGAAGUUAUUUUACUUCAAUGAUGGCAGUGUUUGGUUCUGGCUUCCAUCGACUUUAAGAUCCAAGGUUCCAGCACGCAUUUCCAGAGCAUUCAUUACGCUCUACUCGACGCUACUGUGA